GUAGCAGGUACUCAGGAGUCAGGUCUCAGGUAGGCCCGUAGACCCCCGGAAGGUGCCGCUGGUGAACGGGAUUACGGCUCUGGAGUCUGGACUAAUCAACGGUCGAUCAACAGAUGUAGAAGCGAAGCAGGGGUCUCUCCUUCUCUCUACCCUAUUUACUUGUUGGAGAGAAGACGAUCGGUGCUUGUCAAGUCGAUUAUGGAGUCGCUUUCGUCUUCCUUGGUUCCUUCUUAUUGGGACUAUCUCGUCCUAUAUUUUCUCCGCCCAAUUCUUGCUGUUGCUUUUGCGGUGUCCUUGCUGCUUUUGGGUUGGUUCUUGGCGUGGAAAUUGGUUUUGGUUCACGUUCCCCUGGUACGAGAGGUUUGUGGUUUGAACAAGAAGCCUAAAAGAGUCAAGCCCCCAACUCGUCGGCUCUCUCGAAUCUACAAAAGCAUGGAUUCUCGUAAUUCGGCUUUUGGGUGGAAUGAAUCAAUAGUGCCUGAAGAGAGGAAGGAAGCUACUUAAUUUCUGGAAGCUGCCUUUAACAUCAUCUAGUGAAGCAGGGCCUUGGGUUGAAUGAAACUCAGAGAACUGUAAGGAUUUGCUUGUGUAGGAGACUGAGAAGGUCUCUUGUGUUUGUUGUACAAACAAGAAGACAAUGCCCAUUGUUGAUCACCUGAAUGCCAUUAGACUGAGAAGGUCUCUUGGUUUUUGUGCAUAGAUUUGUUUGUUUUUUUUUUUUUUUUUUUAUCAAUACAUAGAUUUGUUUGUUUCUUCCAACUCAUCUGUACAUUGUACAUUGUUUGUAUCUAUUAAAUGAAUUGUAACAGGUCGGAAUCUUCCUAACCUCAGCUUCCAUCAUUCCAUCUUAA